GAAACCAAAGCCAGGACGCACCGUUUAGUACUUCAGUGGUCGUAGCCACGCAAUCUCAUCCAUUCCCUGUUGAAACUCUCUCUUCACUUGGAGCCCUCACUUCCGCGCCAUCCACAGCUCUCUGCUUGUGCGCCCACAGCGCCAUCCAUCGCUGCUCUGCUCAGCUCUGCUCAGCUCAGCUCCACCAAAAUUCUCUCACUGGUUCUUUGAGCACUGGGUUCGCGGUUCAUAUCGCAUAUCAGAGAACCAGGGGCAGAAACAAAAUUCAAGGAAAUUAGCAAUGCAUAUGAGGUCUUGUCUGAUGAUGAAAAACGAUCACUAUAUGACAAAUACGGAGAGGCUGGACUUAAAGGUGCUGGUAUGGGUACUGGGGAUUUCAGCAAUCCGUUUGAUCUGUUUGAGUCACUAUUUGAGGGCAUGGGCGGUAUGGGCGGGAUGGGCGGAAUGGGCGGAAUGGGGGGAAGAGGUUCUAGGAGUCGAGCGGUUGAUGGACAAGACGAAUAUUAUAAUCUUGUCUUGAACUUCAAGGAAGCAGUUUUUGGGGUCGAAAAGGAGAUUGAGAUUAGCCGGUUGGAGAGCUGCGGGACUUGCAAUGGUUCGGGUGCUAAACCAGGCACCAAGCCAUCCAGAUGCAGCACAUGUGGUGGGCAAGGUCAGGUUGUUCAAUCAGCAAGGACUCCAUUAGGUGUCUUCCAGCAGGUCAUGACAUGCUCUUCAUGUGGUGGGUCUGGGGAAACAUCCAUCCCCUGCAACACUUGCUCCGGGGAUGGUAGGGUGAGGAGGACGAAGCGGAUCAGUCUUAAAGUUCCAGCUGGUGUUGACUCUGGAAGCCGUUUAAGAGUCCGAAAUGAAGGUAAUGCUGGAAGGCGGGGUGGGUCUCCUGGUGACCUAUUUGUUAUUAUAGAAGUUAUCCCAGACCCUGUCCUCAAACGGGAUGAUACCAACAUUUUGUACACCUGCAAGGUGUCGUAUAUUGAUGCAAUUUUGGGGACUACACUUAAGGUUCCAACAGUUGACGGCAUGGUUGAUUUGAAGAUUCCAGCUGGGACUCAACCGAACACGACCCUUGUGAUGGCCAAGAAAGGUGUUCCUCUUUUAAACAAGAGCAACAUGAGAGGUGAUCAGCUGGUCCGAGUGCAGGUUGAAAUCCCAAAGAGAUUGAGCAAUGAUGAGAAGAAGCUCAUCGAGGAACUUGCGAGUCUAAGCAAGGGCAAGGCCACAAGCCGGAGAUAAUUUUUUUGUGGUUCUUUGUUUCAUCCAUAUAGUGCUGACCCCGUCAGUUUACAUUCUUCUUUGUUGGUGCAUCUUUUUGGCCUUGAUGCGCAUUAUGGAAUUCAUCAAUUUUGAAUUAGUUUGGGGAGGGGAUCAUAUCUGUAGUCGUAGGUUAAAUUAUCUGGUGAUAGUGUGUCAGCUCUAGGGAGGGGACCUAAAGGAGGUAUAAAAGAAACAAGACAUCUUUUCUCAUAAUAUAUGCAUUUCAACUUGAUG